UCCGAGUGAGAAACCAUUUUCAUCAUUUUACAAAUAUAGAAGAAUGAACAAAAACCAAUUCCAUUAGAAAUCAAUACGAAUUGCCUUAUUCAAGGCUCUCCAACUCGCUCAUACAUAGUUGGCUAUGAUCUUUGGCUCGCUCUUUCCUCUUCCGGUUCAAUAUAUCUUAUAGUAACGAGUAGAUCAAGUUUUCCGAUUGGGGUUGGGUCUUGCCUUUCUCCAUGCAUUCAUAGCGUUCGUUGUUUUGUACAGCUCGGUCGAGCCUUAGACGGGGCGUUAAACAACUAGAACCUCCUUAUACAGCUCCAGGUUGUGGUGAUCCCUGCCUUUCUUUAUCCAUAAGAGAGAAGCGCAUCCGCCCCUCGUUCACUAGGGUAUCCUAAAUCCAUAAUCGCAUCUCUCAUGGCCAUGCGGUAGUAGCCGGACCUGAACCUAGCCUUGAGGCUGAUCGCAGGGCAUGCCUAAAUUUCCGCUAAAGCGAAUCCCGUUCCAUAAGAUGAUGAUCGUAGUCCUUCCUUUUCUAAAACUAUUCUUAUCCUUUGGUCAGGCAAGUUAGAGGCUCCCUUCCGUUGGAUUGGGCUUGUCAGCGUAUGGCCUCUGGCGGCUUAACGCCUCUGUUGGCUAGCUAGUCGUCUUGCUUCGCUUCCGUCGGUGAACAAUGAUUAUUGCCUUUGUUUUGGGACUCGAGUUAGCGAGUAGGUUAGGCAUUCGAGUAGCAACCGUCCUUAGGUAAAACCUUAUUUCGCCGGGCUAUGCACCUCUAUGGGUGGAGUCAAGUUCAAUGCGCAUCAUCCCACCCAGAGGCAAGAGGAUGCACAUGAACAGAAGCCCAAGGCCGUCUAUGGGUAAUUCCUCGCUGGCGGAUCGCCUUUAGCCGGGUAUUCACUCCUAAAUCAUUUAAGCGGAAGAAGCAUAAGAGGUUAGGAUUCACUAGCGCAGGAGAGAUAGUUAGCACUACCUUGGGUACGAAACUACGCUAUCGAAAAGAAAGGAGAAAGAAUAGGAUAAUCUAGGGGUAGGGUACGAUGUAGUUGCCGAAAAGAGCUUCUUAGCCAAUGGAAGACUCACUAAGGCUGUUUAAGUUAGAGUUAUCGGGUCAGCUCCCGGGGAAGAGCUAGCCCAGCAGAAGCAAGACUGACACCGGAAACUCCGCAUCUCUGACUUGAAAGAGUCAAUUGCCCAUCCCCCAUAGUCUUGGAUUCCGCUGUCCCUUUGCGCUGUGACUAGGCCCCCUUUCCGCUUCACGCAAUAGCACGCUCCGAAGCAAACGAGCUUCGCCGGUAGUAGCCUCCUGAAUUAGUCGAGUAGCUUCUUUCCGGCAAAGCUUACCAAUCCUACACUCCUUUCUCCUAUUCUUUGUCUGGUGGAGCUAUUCCCAGACAGCCUGAGAGCUGAGUGAGGACCUUAUUUUAUUUGAGAUGCUCUUUUCCUUCCAAAGCGAAAUAAUCACUCCUGUAGCUUAUUGCGCUCGAUCUACAUCCUACCUAACUCGAUCUUGCUCUUCCUCUUACACACAGAAGGUUUUUGCUCUCGUAUUGCGGGUUUUCCACUUCGUUCAGUUACAUUAGGGCUUUACCCAACUCUAUCUUGGUGAUUAAGUUCCGCUGUUUUUGGUGUGAAAUGAGCUUAUUCUAGGAUAGGAGGUCUUGUCGGUAUGGAACCUACCUUUCCGGAGUGAAGGAUUGUCAUCCUAUAGCCGAGUUUUUUUAUUUUUGUUUAGAGUCGAGUGAUCAAGCUUACGAUUCUGCCGUUAGUGAGAAGCAAGUAAACUCUAUAGCCCUAAACUAAAGGAGCAGGUCAAGUUCGUUCAGCUUGAGGGAUAAAUUACAUGGCUGAACUGCCAGUCCAUCAAAUAUCGUAGUUUCUCCUUAAGAGCAAGAGGUUCCUUGUGUGAAACUUAUAUUAGGCAAAAUCAAGGUUGCCAACUCGGCAUUCCUCCCAUCUAGGGUCCGCUUGUUCAAUAACCUCUGAUGGCAUUCGCACAAUAGUUUUCCCAUCUAGAAUUUCUGGUUCCAAAUACUGCAGUUACAAUUUUGUUGCCUUAGCGCCAUCUUUCAAGAGGUUAGCCCAAUAAAAUGACCCCUAUUAGAUUGUGGUUUAGUGGGCUGCUCUACAUUAAUCGCAGGCGUAGAUUUAGGAUCUGAUGGACCAGAGUUAACCAGCACAUUAGCAGGGUUGGGUUUACUUACCCAAGGAAGUGUUGAACACGCGCCCAUUUUACAGCAGAUGGAGCAGCAACCAUGGAAGCCUUCCUUGAUGAAGCAGGGGGGCGAGAUCCUUCAUCCUCAGUUACUUCCCGAGCAGACAACAGAUAGGAAGGACGACGGCCUCUACCUCCUCUCGACAAUCGACCACCUGAUCUAGCCCUGCCCCUACGAGAAUCAGAGAAGGGAUCUUGGUUUAUCCCUCUCAGCUCAUCAAUCUCUUUCCUAGGCCUGUUCCAGGUGUGUGCCCGGAAGCUCUUGUUCCGAUGCUUUGUUGUCGGCCUUACGAGGGAAAAUUUUUUGGUCUCGCGUAUAAAAGAUAACGGCUGCAUUUAGGUUAUAUCUUUAUAUAAGAAACCUUGCUGCUAUGCUAAAAAAGCAACAAUUGAAGUUCUAAAAUUACAUGUUCUUCGAUUAUAAAAAAUGCAUUUAAUAUAAAAAGAGAAGCAAGUGUAUAGAACUUCUUCGAGGCGGUUCCUUCGGCCGGCCGCCUUUGACAGGAAGGCUCUUUCCAUUCCUUGAAGUAGCGAGGCUCGUUGAAGCAGACCUAGGCAGAAGGAAAGGAGGUCGUUCGUUCGAGAAUAGGAGUCGUUUCCUGUUAACAACGGAAAGCGGAUCAGUUGAGUGGCAAGCCAGCUGAUAGGGCCACGAAGCACCCAACGAAUGGAGGACUGGAACGGCUUUAAUCAUAUGCUUAACACAGCCAGUUCGAAAACGAGCUAGUCGCCUUACUUCGAGAACGAACUAUUUACUUAACCCGGACGGUUCUUUGCUCAACACUGACUGCUCGUUGCUUUACACGAACAGUUCCCCAAUCCUCAUUCGCCCCCCUACGUGCUCUCUUUCGAGGACCUGAACCUGAACCCGCCCCUCAUUUAGCAUGAAGCUUGCUGGCGGCAUCGAUGACGGUGUCGGCGGAGUUCUCAGGUACCAACUCAACUCCACAAAGUGCUUUUACACCUGGCCUCUCUUUUGCACUGGAAGGGACCUAUCGUGACCCUAAAACUGAAGACCCCAUAAACUCGCGAUUGAAAAAAAACGAAAUCGGGAUGAGCUAAGCUCAAAAACCAAAAGAGAAAGAUGCGAUGCGAGAGUUCACGAAUGACCGAUCGAUACAGUACGAGAGCUUCCACGGAAUUUAUAUCAAAAGAAAUCUCUUUAGGAAAGCAAGUCCCGUCGAGUUAGCCGUUGGAGGAAAGGCAUGACUUAAGAGGAGAGCGAGUGACUUUCAGGCGAGAUGGUUCAAUAGUCGAUUAGAUAAAGGCCGUUCCUACUUCCAACGAGGAGAAGAAAGUCGUCAAUAAAUAGCGUAAAUGUAAAUAAGGAAGUGGCUUUUAUUGUUCAUGACUCCGCUCCUAUUGAAUAGAAUUAGGAAGAAGGGCCGCUAGUCAUUCUUUUCAGAAUCCGAAGUCGAAUCUUUUCUUUUCCUUGCUUAUUCGUCAAGAUUUUCUUUGUGUUCCGUGUACCGCACCGAAGCUUGUGGAGCCUAUGCGAAGCAAGCGGGUAGAAGAUCUCAUAUUAAAGAAUUCGCUUUGAGUUCGUUCUUUUUCAUCAUGUCUUGGUUCACAGUUUAUCUGAAUCAGACUAAGAGAUUGGCAUCAACAAAGCAAGGCCCCAUUGAGCUUAGCCUAGAGCAGAUCGAAAAGGUCUCGCGAAGGCGGGAACCCCUUGCCGAAGAUCCUUCUCUUUCUCUGUGAAGAUAGACUGCUCUUUCUUGCUUUGCGUGUCAAGUGCGAGAUUGGUUGAGAACCCUUCGCCCACAGUGCUUUCAAAAGCAGGUCUCCGUUUGGUGUUCCGUGUACUAGGGUUAAGGUGGAAGAUCGAAAUGGAAGUCAUAUAUAGCCUAUUAAUUAUAAAUCGAUUUUCAAUUCAGGUUUACAACAAAACAACAAUAUCAUAAGAGAAGAAAGAUCUCCGCGUAGAAAGAUUAGCUCUUCCUUCCUUUCUUCAUCCUAGCACUAUGAGAUGAGAUUGAUCCCUUCUGACUCCCAUGCUUUCCGUUGGUCAACAACCAACCCAAAUUCUUUCUACUUCUUCACGAGUCCUACAGGAAGGAAUCUCUUUCUUUCCGGGAAUCCUUUUUCUCUCAAUCCAUCAAUAUGUUUCAAAAAUUUCCACCUUUUGUCAAAAUUUGGAAAAGUGUCAUUUUCUGGUUACCAAUUCCAAUUGCUCUUUGUGGGGUAUUCCUCACUUGUGAUGUAUUCCUCAGAAGGAGCUAUUGUGAUGCAGCGGAACCAUGGCAAUUAGGAUCUCAAGACGCAGCAACACCUAUGAUGCAAGGAAUUAUACACUUGCCGGGCGAUAUAACAUGUAUCUCUUUUUCUCUGGUUCUACGUUUCUUCCUGCCUUUCUUUCUUACUUUAUGUCAGUGGAGGUUCUACUAUUUUCCGCAAACAGGGUUUGGCAAGAGCACAACUACUCUCGAGAUUAUCGGGACCAUAUUUACUCGUAUCUUUCUGGUGCUGAUGCUAAUACGCAAUUCCCAUGAAGUAACUCACUGCGCCGGCUCCUGGGAAGCUUCUUCGGCUAAUCACAAUGUUCCCCCUGGCGGUGAGGGUACUUCUGGGGCCAACUCCGGCUGGACAUCCAUCCUAGGGAGCAGCUCUGGGGCCAACUCCGGCUGGACAUCUAUCCUAGGGAGCAGCGCUGGGGAAAACUCCGAACCCAGCGUGAAUCAGCCAACGCCAACUUGCUCUUCAAAUCAAAACAUGGCUAGCCCGUCGUCUGCUCCAAUUGAACAACCGGCCCCACAGCAUACACCUUUCCCCUUCCUUCAAGAAGAGGGGGAGCGGGGGGAUCUUCUCAGGUCUCUUCAUAGGCUCGUAGCGUCUCAAUUGAAGCAUUCUUUUGAGAGAGACCUUCCAAGGUGGAGACUUUCCUCAACCACUGAGUUGUAUGAUGCGUCCGCCUAUCGCAUAAUGAUCUAUGAUAUGGGUAUCUCUAUCCCCGAAGAUACAAAGGAGGAUAUUAAGGAAUGGAUUCACGAAGUACGUUCAAAUCCUGAACUCCUGAAAUCCUCUUAUAACGACUUCAAAAAAGGAAGCUAUUUAGUUUAG